AACACGCUGCCAUAGUAGUGAAGCCCAUUCGCGAAUGGUAUCUAGACUAGUAGUAUGUCCUCGUGCAGCACAUCGAGUUUCGCGAGUUGAGUCAAGAUGCAGUUCGGGUCCAUCUCUCGUUCGUGUCUCAUCUUCCUGUCUCUAUCCAGGUCCGUAUAUGCAAAAGUAAUUGCCACCCAAAACGACACACACCUCGUCAUCCGCAAUGACCGGCUCCACACACGUGUCAACAAGGCCUCGGGUACCAUGGACAGCGUGGAGCUGGACGGCCAAGACCUUCUAGGCACGCCCUCGGGACCGGCCGGCCAAUUUUAUCUGGAUUGUUAUUGCAUCCCAAGCGGCUUUUGGACUCCCGGGAAAACGCAGCCAACCUAUGAGCUAUAUUCGGGAACAGAUGCGUCGGGAACUGGCUACGGCGGCAUCAAGAUGUCGGAUACGUACACGCCCACCGGCCAGAUUCUUGAACAAUAUUGGUUCAUCAGAGACGGUGAGACCGGCUUGCAUGUCUUUUCCCGUAUUGCAUAUUACAACGAAACCACUCCAUUCUUGAGGAACCUGCAAGAGUUCCGGACGCUCUUCCGCCCGAAUUCGGAUAUAUGGACCCAUCUCGCGACCAACGGAAUACAAUAUGCCCCCUUACCCGGCGCGGAAGCCAAGAAAAACCAAGUCGUCGUACAAGAUGCAACGUGGUACAUGGGAAAUACGCCCGACGAUCCAUAUGUCCAGCAGGAGGCUGAUUACUUCACCAAGUACACAUUUCAGGACACAUGGCGGAACCACGACGCCCACGGGAUGUACGCCGACGGUUCCCGAACACGAGAUGGCUCAGCAUUUGGAGCUUGGCUGGUCAUGAACACGAUAGAAACCUACUUCGGUGGUCCGUUACACUCCGAUCUGGUGGUUGAUGGAAUCGUCUACGACUAUAUGGUAUCGAACCACCACGGAGACCAAACGCCGAAUAUAACAAACGGGUUCGACCGCACGUUUGGCCCGCAAUACUAUUACUUUAACCGUUUCCCGGCCGGAACUGACCUGCAGGUGGCCCGGGAGGACGCCGCGCAGUUUGCGGAUCCCGAAUGGAACGUAGAAUUUUACGAUUCUAUCGCACAACACGUACCUAAUUAUGUUCCAAGCAGCGCGCGGGGCAGCUUGAAGUUACAUGUCGAUCUGCCCAAGAACGCCAGGAACCCGAUUGCUGUGUUAUCGCAAGACGGAGUCGAUUUCCAGGACAACGUCUUCGACACGAAAGCUUAUCAGUACUGGGCCGAGGUUGAUAGGAGAGGCUACGCUAGUAUACCACGAGUGAAGGCAGAUACCUAUCGGCUCACCAUCUACGCGGACGGUAUAUUCGGUCAAUAUAUUCAAGACGGCAUAACAGUGCGUCCCGGGAAGAGUAUGGCAGUAAGGGCUAGAUGGGAGGAGGAAAGCCAGGGAGACGAGAUUUUCCGCAUAGGCACGCCUGAUAAGAGCAGUGGCGAAUACCGGCACGGCUACGAGGUCGACUUGACUCGGCCGCUUCAUCCCGAACAGUACAGGAUAUACUGGGGGGUAUACGAUUUCCCAACUGAUUUCCCAGAUGGCGUCAUCUUCAAGGUCGGCCAGAGCGAUGUGGGCAAAGACCUGAAUUAUGUCCACUGGAGCGUAUUCGGAGGCUAUGCCAACCACCUCCGCCCCGAACCAUACUACGGAAAUGGCAACGUCAACAACUGGACUAUCGUCUUCGAUUUGAAAGGGGCGCAAUUUUAUCGAAGGACGAGCGCCACAUUCACCGUUCAGUUAGCCGGAGCAAAAACUGCUGCGGGAAACACGGAUGUCUUUAACGCCUCGGAGCCUUAUGCCAACCUGCCCUAUACGGUUAACGUCAAUGGGAAGGAUCUUGAGUCUUGGAUCAUCCCAUGGCACCAUAGCAGCUCUUGCGCGGUUCGUUCUGCGGUAAUCUGCUAUAACGUCGCACAUAAAUUUGUCUUCGACGCGUCCUUGCUCCGAAUCGGCGAGAAUAGUAUCGUCCUAAGCUUACCGUUCAAUGCGACCAACUACGAAAGUGCCGUGUUACCUAGCGCAGUCUACGUGCAAUACGAUGCACUCAGGCUGGAGGUUAGCUAAAAGAAAACGGAAGGCCGCGACAGAAAUAACUCGCCUAGUUGAUGGGGCACGGUGUUAUAGCUUGAUACAACAUGAUAAUACGUCGGAGAUCUUGAAAUACCUAGCCCUCUUGUCUACAGAGAAUUGCCGCGCGGUAUCCCCUAAUAUUCAUAAUAUCCGCACCAAAAAUCUAUUUUCUAGUUAAAUCUAUAAGACACGCUCUUCCUGGCAAGUUGGGGGGCAUAUGAGGUAGUACUUCGAAUACAACCCCUCCGUAACUACCCCCCACCUUAGAAGUCGGGAUCCCCUGCCUGCAAUAGGUAUGCUGUUAUAUUAGACUAGGUCAGACAUAUUCCUGCGUAAUGUGACAGCGCGAGAGGACUGUUGGGUGACCCGCAAGCUACGGUGGAAAUAAAUCAACUAGCAAUCAGAAUAACAGCAGCAGCAGCG